UAAUCUGAUUACGUAACUUGCGUUACUUGUAAUAUAUUACCCCCAACACUGCUUUUGAAGUACUUUUUAAAAGCGGUUGUUCAGGAAAUUGUAAAUAUUUAAUGAAUGUCACUGAAUUUAAUAUCUGUGAAUCUAUGCAAUCACAGCGCAAUGUUUACAAAUUUCAGAACCCUUUAAGUGUAAUAAAGUUGUAUUGUAUAAUGUUAUAAGUGUAUAAAGUUGCUUGUUUAUAAGCAAUCACUUGUCUGUAUGCAUGCACACGAUGAUAAACAGACUUUUUAAAAUAUUUUUAUGACUAGGCCUAAUUGAGGCUGUUUCAUCUGUAUUGGGAAGGUUAUGUGAUGUGUGUUGCUCACUAGAUCUCUAUAGAUCAUGUUUCUGCUAGUAACUUGGUGGUUUGCAUGACAUUGCUGGUCAUGUUAUGCCAACAUGAGGGGGCGACCUUCUCCAUGUAGAAUAAAACCGCAUUUUCUGGGAGAGUAAAUGCAUCUCAUAGUCAGUCUAUAAAGCAUUUGAUCCAACUACUGCUGUCAGCGCGCGCUGUGGACACGACUGGAGGAGACAUGCGCUCGUGGGCUCACGGGAUGCUGUGGUUGUCAUCUUUUACAACUGUGUUGUCUAGUUUACAUCCUGAGUGUGAGUAUAUCUUUCAGCUGGCAAGAGAUGAACAGCGGUGUCUCAGAGAGAUCACAGAUCUUGGAAACCUCAGCAGCUCUUCAGGUUGUCUGCCAGUAUGGGAUGCUGUAGUGUGUUGGCCCAGAGCUGCAGCGGGUGAGACAGUCCACUUGCUCUGUCCUGCUGUUUUCUCUCUCUUCAAAAACAACACAGGUAUAGUGAGUCGUAACUGCACGGCUGGCGGCUGGUCACAUCCGUUCCCUCCUUACCAUGAGGCCUGCAUUGUUGAGGAUGAAAUCCCCGAGGAGUCAUAUUUUGCCACUGUGAAACUGAUCUACACUGUUGGUUACGGAGCGUCACUGCUGUCGCUCUCUGUUGCCGUGGUAAUACUACUGCUAUUCAGGCGAUUACACUGCGCUCGAAACUACAUCCACAUGCAGCUGUUUUUCACCUUUAUCCUGAAAUCGGUGGCUGUGUUUGUCAAAGAUGCUACGCUGUUCUCCGGUGACGACACAGAUCACUGCACACUCUCCACAGCAGCCUGUAAGGUGUCGGUGGUGUUUUGUCAUUAUUGCGUCAUGGCUAAUUUCUUCUGGUUGCUGGUUGAAGCCAUGUAUCUGAACUCUCUGCUGGUCUCGGACUUCCCGCGCAUCCGCCGCUGUGUCUGGAGUUUCGCUCUGCUGGGCUGGGGCUUUCCACUGGUCUGCAUCGUCCUCUGGAUCUGCUCCAGACUGUAUUUUGAGGACACAGAGUGCUGGGACAUAAAUGAAGACUCUCCUUAUUGGUGGAUCAUCAAGGGUCCCAUUGUAGUUUCCAUAGGGGUGAACUUCCUUCUCUUCAUGAACAUUAUCAGGAUUCUGGUGCAGAAACUGAACCCUCGCCUGAUCCAAUUCAACAAUUCAGCUCAGUACAGGCGACUGACCAAGUCCACCCUCCUCCUCAUCCCUCUCUUCGGCACUCAUUACAUGGUCUACAACUUCCUCCCAGAAUACUUCAAUGUGAGCUUGCGGCUUUGCAUCGAGCUGUGUCUGGGCUCCUUCCAGGGCCUCAUUGUGGCAGUUCUCUACUGUUUCCUGAACCAGGAGGUUCAGAAAGAAAUACGCUUACGUUGGAUGCGAUAUCAAGAGGGGAGUUACGUUGUCGUCCCUGUUGGAGCCAAAGGAAGUCAGAUGGACACUCCAUUCUAGAGUCAUUAAAACUCACCGGUGCCUCUAAUAUACAGACCUCAACACCUCCAGAAAACAUGAACAUCUGAAUCAAACAGUUUUAUUAAAUGCAGAUUGUAUUGCUCAGUUGAUAUGACAACAAAUGGCUUAAAUAGCCAGAAUAUACAGUGUUUCGGCUGCAGUAUAUCUGUGAAUUAAACACAUUCAUUCAUUAGAGAGCAUGGUAAAAAUUUGUUUAAAAAAAUGUGAAUACUGAAUUAAUCAUAGCAAAACUGCUGCUUUUGGGGGAUUCUGGGUGGGUUUAAUCAAAGUAUGUACAUAUAAAAGCCUAUAAAAAUAUACUUCUGUUGCCUUUCAAAUUCAGAUAUUUAAUUAUAAUAUUUAUUACUUUGGGGGAAAUGUUAAACUCUAAAAUUGUACACAAUAAAAGGCAGUAUGGUGGUUUUGAAUGUGUACAUAUUUAUCUGUAUGUAUGUAUGUAUGUACAUGUUUACAGUAUUAACAUUUGUAAAGAGAAAUAUAAAGAUUAAUUGGUAGAUUCAUGGAUUUCUGAGUGAGAUAGGCCUACAGGUAACCAGGCAAGUUGUUAUGUUUUAUAUGUUGUAAUUCUGUAGAAUUUGUUAACUACAAUUUCUAUUGGCAAAAACAGUGGUUUGAUAUUUCCUUAUCAUUUCAAAAGUUGUUUUGUGUUUAUAACUGUAUUUAUAUUUAGCUGAAACGCCUGUAAUAGGCUGUUUAAUGUCAAGUUCCCAUAGAGUGACAACACGUCCUGCAAAUUGCUCAUCAUAUGUUCCUGAUACAUCAUAUGUAUCUUUUUUCCCCCCUGCCAUAUAAAUGUUCAAAAGCAUCUUUGUAGCAAAGACU